AGUGCAGGGAGCUUGCAAAAUUGUAAAGCAACACGUUACAAGUGCGAUCCACAAGACCUGCUCAGAAAUCAAUCGUUUGAUUGUGUACUGUCCUCCUCUCCUUUCCUUGCCGCAUCACUUAAAUGCUGGGUCUCUCUGAAUUCGUUUCCUGUGUUACAGAGAUGUCUUACUAUUUCCCUCAAGAAAUCCUGGAGGAAAUUCUUCACAGGUUGCCCCACAAAUCUCUUGUGAACUGCAUCUCUGUCUGCAAAUCCUGGAAGUCCCUAAUCUCGGAUCAUUCCUUCAUAUGUGACCACCUCAAGCGUACGAUUCAGACCAACCCAGAUAUUGCCUCUCUGUUCCUCUUCAUCUCUCUUAAGAAACGAGUAGAGGGAUACAAGUACUGCGAAUCUCAAGAUUUCUACUCUCUUUAUUCUGACAAUCACCAAAGUGAUGACCCCUCCGUUCUGAAAUCCUCUCUCAUUCCUCUGUUCACGAGUGAGCACAAGGAAGUGGUCGGAACUUGCAACGGACUGGUCUGUCUUGCUGAUUAUUCUGUAUUAGACUGUUCCGAUCUCAUUAUUUGGAACCCAUGUAUCCAGAAGUAUGUGGUUCUUCCCAAACCCAGUGUAACCUUCAGAUCCUGCGAUCCUGACCAUAAAAGGAACAGGGUUUUCUUCGGAUUCGGUUUUGAUUCAAAGACCAAGGAUUUCAAGGUAGUCAGACUAGUUGCAACAAUCCACAACAGAGAAGAAACUCCGCAGGUUGAGAUUUACUCUCUUGCAACUGGUUCAUGGAGGAACAUCACUGGUAGGGCUCCUCCGAUUCUGCUCUGUAUGCAAGUAUUGUGGAAGCAUCAGGUGUUUAUAAAUGGUGUAAUUCACUGGGUUGUCAGCCAAAGAAGAAACGGUCGGAUUCAUAAUUUCAUUUUGACAUUCGAUGUUGUCGAUGAGACAUUCGGAGAACUGAUGUUACCACAACCUCUGAGAGAAUCUCCUUACCAGUUGUCGAUUUUGGCCGGAGAGGAUUCACUUGCCGUGGUGCAUACUUAUUGUUCAGAGUCGGAUGAAGAAUUUGUUAGCAUCUGGGUGAUGAAAGAAUAUGGUGCUGUGGAUUCAUGGGCUGAAGUGUUUCAUUCUAAUUCAACUUGUUAUGGGGGCAUAUCAAGCGUAUUGGCCAUUAGAAAUUCUGGAGAAUUGGUGCUGAGAAUUUAUGGAGGAAAGAUGAUACUGCUUGAUCCAGUAAAAGAAUUAGUGAAGGAUCUGGGACCGAGGGAUUUAGUGCACGCUUUUGCUGGUUAUCAUGUGAAGAGUCUGUUCUUAAUAAACGAAGAACAAGGUGAUUUGUGUUACUGAGUCAGUUGAAGCAAAGAUUCAUGUUUGAAGAUUUAUACGUCUAGGUCUCUGGAAAUCAUUAUUCUGCACAUAUGUAUACAUUGUUCACUAACCAAAAAAUUGCAUUGUUAUUGGUUUGUAUUUAGAAUAAGCUAUACUAAUACAGAAUGCCCAAUGCUUUAGAUAGUAGAUUGGUUUUCCGAAUUCAGUUCCCGCAGAAACUGUUUGAUUGGCACAGUUAUGUAAUGAAAUUUUUCAAUACAAGUCUUUACUUUUGCA